CAGUGGAGUAUGUUUUAUUUGCUUGCUGGCUGGUGCUGAUGCUGCUAAGGCACACGGCCUCAUCACAUCAGCCAAGCAUGCUCUGUCAUAGAGGCCUAAACCGGCACGUCACUGAAGGGGGACGAGGCACACCGAGCCCAGUGACACCAGCCAGAGAUGUGUCCUGCUUUUCGUAGUACCGGGAAGAAUCGCUUAAUGGAUCUUGGCUGAUCUAAAUCCAGUACAAUAUCGUACCCAAAACAAGGCGAGGAUGGCAAAACGAGAUUACUUGGUGGAGGCAGCCAAGCAGAUCCGCAUGGCUCUGGACAGCGAGGUCAACGAGGACUAUGAGGCUGCUUUCAGUUAUUAUAAGAAUGGCGUGGACUUACUGCUCAAUGGGGUCCAGUUGGACCCAAACAAGGAGCGUCGGGAGGCUGUGAAGAGGAAAACAACCCAGUAUUUGAAGAGGGCAGAAGAAAUCUUCAUAACACAUCUACAGCACAACCUGGGGAAGGGCAGUUCGCAUUUAGGGGGCUACAGCAGUCUGAGAUUCCGUCCUGUCAGACACUUGAGUUCUCCUGUAGAAGAUCUGGAGAUGUGUAAGGUGGUGGGCAUCAGUGAUAAGGUCCUUGUUGUCCAAAGUAUGGUGAAUAAAGAAACUUUCAUUGUAAAGAGUCUGAUGAAGUCCAGCUGGGAGAGCAGAGAGCAGCCAACCAUCAUCCCUCAAGGGGUUCCCUACAUGGUGAAGCUGCUCAGGUAUUACGUCAGCGAGGACGCCGUUUACCUCCAUCUUGAGCAUGUCAAAGGUGGGAGGCUUUUCUCCAAACUUCAAAUGCUCAGAAAGGAGCGAGCCAAAGAACACCCAGAAUGCAUCUCUUCCGGCCAGCGCAACAUGAAAAUGAAGAGCAGCUACACUUCCCCGGCCAUCUACUCAGACUACCAGCACAACACCGGCAUGGAAAGCACUCCUCGGAAGCUCAGUGAUGAGAACCCGGAUGUGGACGAUCCAAGGACUUGGGAUGAGACGCAGCAGCGUCUGGAGAGCUGUGGGACUCACUCCUACAUCGAGGAGACGGGUUGCCUGCAGAACUCACGCUCCGCAGCGUCAUUUUACACCAAACUGAAGCGUGUGACUCUAUUGUCAGGACCAGCAAGAACGCAGGUUAGCACGAGCAUCCAUCCACCAGCUCCUACUUUGUGCUUGCACGCAUCUCAAACUCAGGACAAGCCCGCUCUUCCUCUGUCGUGUGCUCGUGUCAGCCAUGCUCUGAAUGCCAUGUCGGGACUCCAGGACAGUAAAGCUGGAGUAGGACUAUUAGAAUGCAGCGUGGCGUUUGAAGUGGCUUGGAAAGCCGCUGAUCCAGCACUUGGAGGUGAACAAGCAAACCCCUAUGCAGUCACAGAGAGCAGCUUCAAGAGCAAACCUCACGCCAAUCAGACCUCCAUUACAAACACAGAACCUCCAAACAGUGACAGUCGUAUGUUGAGCUCGUCUCCCGCUAUUUUGCAUCUGCCUCUUCAUUGUCAAACACAACUCCACGGAAUCAACACCGCCUUUCACCAAGCAUCCAUUUUAAGUGCGGCGGACAAGGUGACACACUUUGAGGCGAAGCAGGCCACCAGCAGUCCCACCUCAGAGGAACGAAAUGGAGUGGUGGUCCUCAGGAGCACAGACCAAGCGGUGUUCUCAGAUAACAGGGAAGCAACGACCACUUCAGGUUCCUGGCUUUUCUCUGCGAGGAAACAAGAGAUGAAGUCCAGCGGGGAAACGGAACCAAUUGAUGUGAGAGAAGGUGUGGAGGAAGCCUGUGAGAUGCUCAGCCCAGGACAGGUGGCCCCACCCUCAGAGGGGUCCUUUUCUAGUUGGUACUCCCCUCGCCCCGUCGGAGCUCAAAAGACGACAGAGGAAUCAUCAAUGAGAACGGAGGGGCAAGCUGAGGACCAGAUCAUUGAGGUGGAUGGAUGGUGUCACCUACCUCGUAUCCCGGUCAAAUCCUCAGAUAAGUCCGCCCACCGGGAUUACUGGGGGCUCCCAGAAUCAGAGGUGCGUGUGUGGGGGGCUCAGAUCCUUCUGGCGCUGGAGAGUCUUCAUCAGCAGGGCAUCAUAUGUCGGGAUCUCAACCCCAGGAACGUGCUGCUUACCAGCAGUGGCAAAGUGUGUUUGACAUUUUUUGGGCAGUGGAGUGAGGUUCAGUCAGAGAUCGACACCAAUACCAUGGAACAAAUGUACUGUGCUCCAGAAAUCGGUGGUGUAUCCAGAGUCUCUGAAGCUUGUGAUUGGUGGAGUCUUGGAGUUUUGUUGUUUGAACUUCUCACAGGAAUGCCCCUAUGGCAGCUCCACCCAGCAGGAAUUACCUCCCACACACAGCUACUCAUCCCGGACCACCUGAGCACUGCAGCUGCAUCCCUGCUUACUGAGUUGCUUCAGUUUGACGCCGGCUAUCGCCUGGGGUCCGGAGGUGGAGGUGUGAGUGACAUCAAGUGUCAUCCCUUCUUUAGUAGUGUCUCCUGGAAAGCCAUGAACUGCUAGCUCAUCCUGACAUGCGUCCAUCCUGGGUGCAGCACCAGAGUUUGGUGUCUUUGUGUGCUUCCCAAAGAAAAAUGAUCACAGUGAGUGAUGAUGGAACGACCAAGUACCGCCAACAUUAUCCUAAUAGAGAUUUACUUAACAUAUCAGAAUAUUUUGACUUUUUGAUUGAUAAUUUUGUAUAUCUAUGCUUAUUUGAUCCUCACUAAGCAUGAAAAAAACCUGUAAGACUGACAAUCUUUGAGGUCUGAAUGAGUAUCAGGCAACAAAUGACAUAAUACUGUCAUUGUCACACCACCUUUGUACACUUUCUGGAAUACUUAUUGCCUGAAGACAAACCAAAACAAACAUAUUUUGGUAGCGUGUGGGUUAUUUAGUAAUUCCAAUAAACUGUAAGGUAAGAUGUCAACACUAUGCAGAAAUAUACUAGUAGUUUCCAUGCAUACAGUAUGUAAAACACAGUAACAUUUAUAGCAAUUAAACUGAAA